UCGAGUUAUAAAAGAUUUUUAAGCCUAGAUACUCUGGUGUUUGCUUCCCGGACUAUAGAUGCAGGGCAAGCCCAGCAUCGCCAAGGUGAUAGGCGGAGGAGGAAAAGAAAAUGGCAGACGAACCAAAGGCCCGACGGGGGACUGAGGAACACUACCAAGAAUGCCGGGAAGAAAAAGUUGGCAAACACCACAUGCAGUCAAACCAGCACGAGGGUCGGAAUCAAAGAAGGAGAAACAAAGAAAAAAGAAAAGGGAGAGAAAAUGAAGGAGGGGAGAUAGAAGAAGUAAAAGAGAAAGAAGGAAGCAGCAGCAGCAGCAAAGCGAUGACGAGUGGGAACUCACGCCGGUUUGGCAACCUAACAGAAAGUAAGCUAAGGCGGGAACUCACUUUGGUUUAGUUCGGGUGGACUCCUCGUCGCCUUCUGUUUAGUUCUCGCAUCCACCGCCCGCAGCCAGAAG